ACUUCAUCAACCCACAUUGCUUUCUUGAAUCAUUCUUCAAGCUUUUCUUUUGUCUCAAAAAUGCCUCCUACUGCUAUAAUGUCUGACGCGGCGGCCAUGGAGGUGGCAAAGAAUGCGUACGUCACGUUCUUGGCCGGAAACGGAGACUACGUGAAGGGGGUAGUGGGUUUGGUCAAGGGUUUAAGAAAGGCCAAAUCUAAGUACCCUCUCGUGGUGGCUGUUCUGCCCGAUGUUCCAGAGGACCACCGUUGGAUUCUUGAAUCUCAGGGAUGUAUUGUCCGAGAGAUCCAGCCGGUUUAUCCCCCGGAGAACCAAACACAGUUUGCCAUGGCUUACUAUGUUAUCAACUACUCAAAGCUUCGCAUUUGGGAGUUUGUGGAGUAUGACAGAAUGGUGUAUUUAGACGGUGACAUCCAAGUGUUCGACAAUAUUGACCACCUCUUUGACUUACCGGCAGGGUAUUUCUACGCCGUGAUGGACUGUUUCUGUGAGAAAACAUGGUCGCAGUCGCCGCAGUACAGUAUUGGCUACUGCCAGCAGUGUCCGGAGAAAGUCCAGUGGCCUGUCGAAAUGGGUUCACCACCGCCUCUCUACUUCAACGCGGGCAUGUUCGUGUUCGAGCCUGAUCUCUUGACUUAUUCCAAUCUCCUGGAAACCCUCAAAGUCACCCCUCCUACUUCAUUUGCUGAGCAGGAUUUCCUGAAUAUGUUCUUCAGGAAGAUUUACAAGCCGAUACCUUCCGUUUGCAAUUUUGUUUUAGCCAUGCUCUGGCGCCAUCCUGAAAAUGUAGAUCUUGACAAAGUUAAGGUUGUUCAUUAUUGUGCUGCGGGAUCAAAGCCAUGGAGGUACACAGGGAAGGAAGAGAACAUGGAGAGGGAAGACAUAAAGUUGCUAGUGAAGAAAUGGUGGGAUAUUUACGAGGAUGAGUCUCUAGACUGCAAGAACGUCGUCAAGGUUGAAUGUGGCGACCUUGUGCCGUUGAUCUCAAUGUCAGAACUCAGUGAGGAUGGUGUGGUUCCAGUUCAAGGAGAUCAUCACCAUGCUCCAUCGGCUGCUUGAUAUUUUGUUUGCUGUCAGAGUUGUAACGGUUAAAAUAUUAGUAUAUGUGAUGAUGUUUGGAUUUAAAGUAAUUUGGGUGUCUUUUCUUGUUUCUUUGUUUUUGAGGAUCAGUAUUUUGAGUCUUUAAUUCAAGAUAUAUUGUAAUGCACUAGUGGAAGCAUGUGUUGGAAUUGUGAGAUAAUAAUUAUAUGACUCCCAAUAUCGACCUCCUGCAAUAUUGGAAAUAAAAAAGGUGCUUUUGU